GAAUAGCUAGGACCUAUACGUGAUGAAUAUAGAGUGUGGUAUAGGAGAGUAUGCGUUAUUGUAUGUAUACUGGUAUACACCUAUAGGUUAUAAAGUAUCUAUUACUGUGUAUAUGAUGAAAUAAGGUGAUUGUGUACUUUGAUGUAUGUAGGUGGGUGAGAAGACUAUAUAUAUUUAUAAAUAAACUGCCUUACUAUAACUUUAGAAACUUUUAUUGUAACUUAUGACACCUGAUGAGCUUUACUAGAGAAUUUACGGACACACAUACAAGUACCAAGGUAUAACUAAAAUAUAUUCAAUUUAAAAGUCGAAAGAAAAGAUAAAAGUCGUUACAUUGAAAAGUGAAGAAAUAUAGGACAAUUAUUUAGCAACUAAAAAUUUAUUAUUCAAGGAUUGUGAAUUAGUACCUAUAACAAGUGUUUAUUUAAGACAAGUGGAGAUAACUGUGAUAAGAAUUACGAUGAAGAGUAUUUAUAUAACUGUGAUAUUCACCGUGUUGUGUUCAUCUUUAUUACAACUAACACAAGGAAAUGCGUGUUGUUCGUACCCGUGUCAGAAUCAAGGUAUCUGUAAUACGAAGGGUUUUGAUUCGUACACGUGUGAUUGUACCGGUCUAGAUUACUACGGUGAUAACUGUGAACAUCCGACACUAUGGAAGAGAUUUGUGUUAUUAAUAAAGCCGAGUCCAGAAGGCUUACAUCAUCUAUUGGUUAAUAAUAAAUGGUUGUGGACGUUAAUUAAUAAUAUAUCCUACCUCAAAAAUAAAGCCAUGAAACGUAUUUAUACAAUGAGAUCUAUAAUGGUUGACAGUCCGGCAGUGUAUGAAUCUGUACAUGAAUAUCCUACACUAGAGGCAGCUUUAAACUAUACCUACUUCGCUAGAACUUUACCUCCUGUACCUACAGAAUGUCCUACACCACUAGGGGUCAAAGGAAAGAAAGUUUUACCAGAUGUGGAUUUAUUAGUAGAUAAAUUUUUCAAACGGACUACAUUUUUACCCGAUCCAUUAGGAAGCAGUGUUUUAUUUACGUUCUUCGCACAACAUUUUACGCAUCAAUUCUUCAAAACAGAUUUUAAAGCUGGUCCUGCUUAUCAGUGGGGUGGCCAUGGGGUUGACGUUUCUCAUAUAUAUGGUCGUGAUAAACAAUCUGAGUUAACUUUACGUUCUAUGAAAGAUGGUAAAAUGAAGAUGCAGGUAUUAAACGGUGAAGAAUUUCCACCAUAUUUAAAAGACGCACCUGUACACAUGAUCUAUCCUCCCGGAACACCCGAUAACAAACAAUUUGCUCUGGGACAACAGGUAUUUGGCUUAUUACCUGGUUUAUUUGUUUACGCUACGAUCUGGUUACGUGAACACAACCGUGUUUGUGAUGUAUUAAAACAAGAACAUCCUGAGUGGGAUGACGAACGAUUAUUUCAAACAGCUAAACUAAUUAUUACUGGUGAGACUAUUAAAAUAGUUAUUGAAGAUUACGUUCAACAUCUGAGUAAUUACCAUUAUAAACUGUCCUUUAACCCAGAACUACUUUUUGGGGAGGAAUUUCAAUACCAGAACCGAAUCACAAUCGAGUUCAAUCAUCUGUAUCAUUGGCACCCUUUGAUGCCCGAUGAGUUUAAUAUCAGUGGUACUGUUUAUCCGAUCAAAGAUUUUGUGUUUCAAUCUGAUCUGGUCAUCAAGCAUGGAAUGAAAAGUUUUGUGGAUUCAUUCUCUAAACAAAGAGCUGGCAUGAUGAGUCAUCAUAAUCAUUGUUAUAUGACAUUAAGUGUUGUCAGGGAUACGAUAAAACAUGGGAGAGAACUCCGGCUACAGUCAUUAAACAGAUAUAGACAGAGAUUUGGUCUACCCGCAUAUAAAAGUUUCCAAGAAUUGACUGGAGAAACAAAGAUGGCUGCCGAGUUAGAGGAACUAUACGGGGAUAUUGACGGCCUAGAAUUUUACGUUGGGUUAAUUGUAGAAAAGAGACGAGAAAAGGCCAUGUUUGGUUCCAGUAUCGUUGAAAUCGGAGGUCCUUAUUCUGUAAAAGGAUUAAUGUCAAACCCAAUAUGUAGCCCCAAAUUCUGGAAACCUUCAACAUUUGGCGGUGAAGUCGGAUUUAAUUUAAUAAAAACAGCCUCCAUACAAAAACUGUUUUGUCAGAAUAUCAAGGGUGAAUGUCCGACAGUUUCAUUUCAAGUUCCCAAUUAUGUGGAGGGGGACGUUGAAGACUUUAUUAAAAAAUUCCAUGAUGAGUUAUAGCAUAAUUAUUAAAUUAGAGAUUUAUUUAAAUUUUAUUUUAUUUAAAUUUUCAUUGUUAGCUUCGUCCAUAUUAUGUAUCAUCAUUUUAACUAGAACCACUGAUCGUCAUUUUAAUUAGAACCACUGAUCGUCAUUUUAAUUAGAACUACUAAUUGUCAUUUUAGGGAUUUAAUGCGUGAGCAUGAAAUCUUAAGGUCUGUAAUUGAGUCAAGUGGCAUGGUUUGAUUCCCAUGUGACAAGGAGUAGGGUCACCUAUCCAACCUCGUGUGUUUUUUUUCCGGGUCCUCAGAUUUCCUCCACCUACGCGCAAGUGAAUUAUUGAAUUUAAAUUGAACCAUAUUUUAGUCUCGAUUUGACCUAGUUUGUGUCGAGUGGACAUUAAACCCCAUCUCUUUCUCUCUCUAGCAGUCCAAAUUUAAUAUGGUUCGAUUCCGUUUGUAUUUAUAUAAAUAUAUUAUCAAUUGAAAAUCUCACAGCAUUCCUCUGCGGACAAUAUAAACAAGUUAUUGGCACCUCUCACUGCAACCCAGGUAUCAUUUAAUCUCGUGUAUUUAGCACUGAUUUCUUUAACAUUCAUUCAAUUUUAAAACUUUGUUUGAAAAUUUGUAAAAAUCAUUUAAAACCACAAAAAAUAAUAUAAUUUGUACCUGUGUCCAGUAUAAAACUGACCAUUCAAUUUUGAUAAUGAACGUCCAAUUCACAAGUGUUUAAUUUCUCGAUAACUGUUAAAAAAUAAACAACACAAUUUAUAAUUGAUGUAUAAUGAUUGAUUUUUGAACAGUGGCCAGGAAAUUAAAUACUUGUAAAUUGGACACUCAUUAUCAAAAUUAAUCAGUCAGUUUUAAACUGGACACAAGUACAAAUUGGGUGAUUUUUGGUGGUUUUCAAACAAAGUUUUGAUAUUGAAUUACUGUGAAAGAAAUUAAUGCUAAAUACACAAUGUCUGUCGAUUAACAUCCAUUGAUGGGCUUUACAAUCCAAGUUAAUCCAAGCCAGUUGAUUAUCUACGGUUUGGUUUUAUUAAUUAGAUAUUAAAUAUGCAUUAGGUAAGAUUAGAUAAAUAACUAACAGGUCUCGAUUUUAAUAGUUAAAUAUUAGAUAAUGAAAAAGGAAUAUAUUGAAAAUUUCAGUCAAAUUACUUUAUUCUGAGCGAAGUUCUGACUGUUUGAAGAAUAGUGUUGUCUUGAUUAUCAUUGCUACCAUUGUUAUGAUAAUAAACAAAAUGUUGAUUAUUGGUUUUUAAAUUAAAUUAUUAAAUGGCAAUCGUGUUUCAAUCCGUCCGAUGGUCUAGAGAGUUGAUUAUGGGCAUAUUUAGCUCUUAGAUAAUGCAUUUUGAAGUGUGGAUAAAGUUGUGAGAAGUUAGAUAUUGUACAAAAUCUGCAAAUGACGAUCAGUGGUUUCAAAUCAAGUCUGUAUUUAUUAUUCAUCUUCAAUAAUCAGAUGUUAUCUCAUUUGGAUCACAGUGUAUAUGCCUGAUUUUUACGCUCUAGCAGUGGCGGAUACAGGGGUGCUUUGCGGCUCUCCCAAUAAAAUUGUAAAAUUUAAGGUACAAUGGAUCUGGACCAUGGAGGUGUAUAUAUAUAUACACCUCUAUGAUCUGGACGCAAAUAUCAUCCCAACCAAGAAGUAGAAUAAUAAGAGAAUAUUUUAUACUAUUAUUUAUGGAGGGCCCAGGCCUGUAGCUGCCUUCCCAACUUAAUAGUGCUAAAACUGCUAUUUCAUAUUUAUUGCAUUAUAUGUAUGAUUUCUGAAUUUGAAAAAUAUUUAUUUUAAUGUUUAUUCUUAUUUAUGGGAUGAAUAUUGAUGUUGUUUGUGAAUCUCAUACCGGUCGUUAUUUAGAUAUUAUUGUUGGUCCUCCUUAUAUUGAUGUUAUUGGCCUGUCCUUAUUUAGAUGUUAUUGCUGGUCCUUAUUAAUGUUAUUGACCGGUCCUUAUUUAGAUGUCAUUGCCGGUCCUUAUACAUGUCAUUGGCUGGUCCUUAUUUAGAUGUUAUAUCCGAUCCUUAUAUAUAGGCUAUAGAUGUCAUUGACCAGUCCUUAUUUAGAUGUUAUAUCCGAUCCUUAUAUAUAGGCUAUAGAUGUCAUUGACCGGUCCUUAUUUAGAUGUUGGUCCAUAGAUGUCAUUGUCGGAUCGUAUUUAGAUGUCAUUGACCGGUCCUUAUUUAGAUGUUAUUGCCAGUCUUUAUAUUAUAGAUGUCAUUGGCCAGUCCUUAUUUAGAUGUUAUAAUAUAGGCAGUCCUAAUUUAGAAUCGGCCUACACAUAUUUUUAAAGUUUUCAUCUGCAAUGUCUUGUAAAUAGUAAAAUAAAAUCAUAGUAAGAUAUUUAAUUGUAAAUAAUACAAUAUUAAUACAUCACCAGGGGCCUGUUUCACAAAAUUUUAACUAAGAUAAAAUCCAAAUUGUAGUAAUUUGAUUGGAUAAUAUUAGAUUGAUUUUAGUGCUUAGCCAAUCAAAACUGAAGUAUCUACUAAAUAAUAUUUGGAUUUUAUCUUUAGUUAAGGUUUCGAGAAACAGUGUCCAGAGCAUACAUUAUGUAAUAAAUAUUACAAUUAUUAAAAUUAGGAUGAAAAAUAGGUUUUUGAGAUAUAAAAAACAAAUUGCUUAAUUCCACAUUAAUUUCUUUGUAUAUCAAAUUGUUUGUUCAUUUAUUUAUAUCACUUGGUGCCUUGAAAAGACUAAGAGCAAAAGUGAUAUAAUUCAUUCUGGUAUGUCCCUGAACAUCCCCAAACCGUUCCAAAUUACUGCUGCCUAUUCUGCCUGUGUCAUGUAAAUAGCUGUCUGUAAUAUAGGACGCUUUAUUAGUUCUUGUGAUAUAUAACCAGUACAAGAUUAAGACUCUGCUGGUCCUAAGGCACAUUUUGAUAGGUGGCCUGAAAAUACAAAUAUUCUGGGUUCACUGAUAAAAGGAAGAAAGUUAAAUUUAACAAAAGAAAAUUUAUUACAAAGCAAAUCAGAACCAAUUCCUUUUUUUGUGACAGUACUGUAAUUACUAUACGAUUACAGUAGUUAGAUAACAACUUUUUUUACUUUAUUUUUUGUGGCCUGAAUUUUUGACUGAACGUAUGGCACAUGCCUUAUUUGUCGAAGGGUUAAUUCGGCACUAGUGAAUUCCACAGCUAUUCAUGUUUCAUGUGACUGGCCGUUUGGGGCAGUCUAAUUGAGCACUAGCUGAGGAAAUAAAGAUUCUGCCUCAUCAGUAAAAGUAAUUAUAUCUCUUGUUGUAGGUUAGUUUUAUUUUAAAGGGUAAUUCCCACCUAAUGUUGUGAAGUCCAUGUUAGUGAUAUUUAAAGAAUUCUGUAUAGUUUUCACCUAAAACUUGUGCCACUUCCCACAUAAAGCACAUCAUUAUCAAAUAUUUUAUCCAGCAACAGUAAGCCAUGUUUUCAUGGAAAAAUACAUCUUGUAUUCUUCUACUGUCCCGUCUAAAUAUUAAGGCCACCUGCAGAUUCUGUCAAGGUCACGAGAUGUAAACAGGGCUAGCAUUAACCCUAACCCUAGCCCUUACCCUAACCCACAAUCCUCAACAACAAUCAUGUGCCCUAACACUGUUUACAUCUUGUGACCAUGACAAAAUCUGCAGUGACUUUAAUAAUUAGAUCUGACCAAAUAGGGUCCCCAUGCAUAUGAACAACAAGUAUGAUAAUACUAUAUGGAACAAGAACCAAACAUGACAUCAUUGUCGCCAUCUUGGAAUUGUGAUGUCAUAUCAAAAGUUAAUCUCUGGCAUCGAUUCACAAUUGUCAAAGGAACAAACAUGUCAAGUUUCAUGUCAAUCAUACUUGAAAUGGACGAACCUUGCGAUUUUUUUGAAGAGCGUCACCCACAACUAGAUGAACAACAAGAUGAGUAGCAGUUGGAGUCAGGUUUCUGGUCCAAUUAUCUCUUUAAAGGCAUUUAUAAAUCCUGAAUUUAAAUUGGCAUUACUUAUCUUGUAUAUUUUAGUUAUUUUUGUUAAGUAUAUAAAUAUGUUUAUUUCUCACGAGUGUUUGUAGAUCUAUAUAUGUGAAUAAAUGUUAACAACAAUCA